AUGAUGGCGUGCAAUACUCUUGCUUCUUUUGUGAUGCACUUCUUUAUGAAACGUAAUUGCGAGACGGCAACGAACCUGCUUGAGGAGCUGAAGGACGAGUAUAGUUGUCUUCGUGCGUCGGUGGGCACUUAUGUCGAGGACGACGCCGACGUGCUUAAUAAAGUCGUCAUGGACGCCGAUGCACCCUAA